AGUCAUCAUCGUUGUAGCUGGUGUAGUGAAUUGGACGUUAAAAUAGGAAAUAUCAGUCAUUUCAGGAAGUUAUUUAUGUAAUAACUUUCUCAUCGUGAAGCCUACUCUGCGCGGAACCAUCGAAAUUCACUUUUGGUAACGCAAUUUUAGAGUAAAAAUUAUAAAUUUGCGUGCUUAUUUUGAUCCGAACCAAAACAAGAUGGAUGCGAUCAGUUUGAGCCUUGACGAAAUCAUCAAAAAGAAAUCCAUCGGCAAGCGUACGAAGAAUGGCAAAGCAAAAGAGUUGAAACGCACCGGUAAAAACGUUAAACAGGGAAAACCUCCGGCGUCGGCCGGAGCACGUCGUGCGGGUCCCGUCAGUAAAAAACCCGUCAGUCCAAAUAUUCGGAAGAAGAAACCGGAAGGUUUGAAAACUCGUACUCCGAUCGGAAGACCGAAAGUGGUUGUAGACGCCCGUAUGAAGAUUAUACAGAAAAAGCGGGCCCACAUUCGUGAUGCACGCGAUAAACUUAUCGAAAUCGCUCGCACUAGCGGAGACGCUAGGCUGCGAUUGUUGAAGCGCAAAGGAAAUCUUCCUCCCGGGGAUGGAUUGCCAAAGAAAAGCCUGUCCGGAGGAAAGUUUCGUGGGGAUUUGGAAGACGAUUUCGAAAUGGAAGUGGAUUUACGACGGCCGAUUGGUCCGUUAAAACGAACCGUUCGGAAUGAAAUGUUUACUGUUCCCAGUACGAUGCCACCAUUGCCAACGUUCAGUCGCCACGUUCGCAAUUCACCUCCACCACAGACAUCGUCCUCAUGGAACAGCGAUCCUUUCGAUUGUUAUGAAGUACACACGAGCCGUCCAACGGCACAGAAAUCUCACGCUCCGGUUCCUCUUCCUCAUUACGAUGAUCUUCCACCGAGACGUAAUAUUACCAGAGCUAGAUCUCCGCCACCGCGCCCGAUGUACGCUGAAGAUAGGCCGCAUCUUUCGUCCACUAUGCGGGCACGUCUGGAGCGCGCUCCUAACCAAAGCGAAUCGAUGGGCAUCUUUGCCAAGAUGCCCCCGGAUGAUCACUAUGUCAGCAGUAGCAGCAGCAGCAGCCGACAGCAGUACAGUCAUCAUCACCACCACCACCAGCAACAGCCCCAGUCUCCUUCACCAUCGCCACCCAUCUCCGGUUACAGGAUUGUCGUCAGUAAUUUGCAUUCCAGUGUGACCCAGAAUGACAUCAAGGAACUAUUUGAAGACAUCGGUGACCUGCUAGAAUCGCGCCUCGUUCGCCCGGGUGUGGCCGAAGUUAUCUAUCGCACACUGAAGGACGCGGAAGAAGCCGUUGACACUUACCACAACCGCCAGUUGGAUGGUCAACCAAUGAAAUGUUUGCUAGUAAAGCCACGCUCCUCGAACAAGCCAACAGCGCCAGCCAUCAGCUACUCGAGCUCGUCACGGUCGUUGAAACCUUCCUCGCUGUCCUCGUCGGCGGCCAAAAAAUCACAGGUUGAAAUCGACAUCGACGCUUUGCACACGGUCCUAUUCAGAAGAGAUCACUAGAAGCCACAACUCAGCUACACCACCAUUUGUAGGUCCCUCCCCGAACAGACAUUUUUCACGAACAUCAAUAAUUCGACCAGGUCGUCAAUCAGAGGGUGAUGAAAAUCAAACUAAUUCUCAUUAGCAUAUCUUUGGGAUCUUUGCAUCAGCCACAACCAGUUUCAGUCUUAUUCUCGAAAACAACGGGAGCUAUUUUCGAUUCCAGUAACACAAAAGAAACUAAUGAUUGCGCAGAUUUCGAACAAAUCGAAAUUACGACGGUCCGAUGUUUUCAAGCAUAGGGAAAUUCAUUUCAACCAUUAUUUGUUGCGUCCGGUUAUAAAUUGCUCUUUUAGUUUCGCUUCUCGACUGCGGCGGACAACAGUAUCAAACACUUAAUUUGGAUGAGUCGUCAACAGACCCUUCUAAUGUUGUUAGACUAUUCAAUUCAUAAGCAUAAGACAGCUAAGAUGAUAAGGCCAACAAUAUUCGAGGCAAAAUGAGCAGAUUACAUUAUAAUGAAGAAAUAAAAACCUA